AUGGAAACAUUACUCCCAGACAUUGCUCGCCACUCCGGAAGCCAGACUGUUGGCCAUCGAAAAGGGAUCCGGCCCACCUUUGCACUAAUUGAGCCCGUUGUAUUUUUGCAAGGGCACAGCACAGGUAGCAGUGCUUGCAAAGACAAGGCGGCCGUCGUCCGGGGGUCUCUACGUAUGAAAGUCACUGAACCGAUCAAAAUCAAGCGGAUCUGCGUCUACUUUCGAGGGCUGGUUAAACUAGAGCUAUCGGAAGGUCUGUCGGAUCUGAUCACGUCUGGUAUCACCUACUUCGACCGCGGGCAGACAACGCAAUCAGGCAAUGUCUAUGGAGCAGAUAUAUGUCACAUACUGGAUCGAUCUGGCACAGAUAUAGAAAGAGGCCAACACAGCAGAAACACCGCUGAAACGUCUUGGAGAGACCGAUCCCUUCCUCCUAAGUAUAAUAUUGGCGGCUUACAGCAGCCUGGACUCUUGGGGGCCGUCACCAAGAGCACUCUAUUUCCCGCUGGUGAUUAUCUGUAUAGCUUUGAAUUCCUCCUGCACAACUGUCUUCCGGAGACCAUCAAUACCGAGCUGAUAUCCACCCGGUACUACCUGGAAGCUCUGAUUGAACCGUCCGGUCCAUUUUCCUCAAAGGUAGUUUGUCAGGUCGAUGUCCCGCUGAUUGAGCCGAUCGUCCUUUCCCGGAAAUGGCGUGAACAGCUCGCCUACGAUGUUUGCAUUUUCGGGAAGUGUUUUCCUCUUGGCUCACAGAUACCAAUAAAGGUUAAGUUAAUUCCCCUGGCCAACCUACAGUGCCACUGGAUCAAGGUAUACGUGUCUCAGCACGUACAGCAUCAGACAAAGGGCCAAACCGGUCGCUUCCUGCAGCUGCCCACGAAAAGGGUGCUUCUGUUCGAAAAGCAGGCUGGUGUUGCAAGUUACAGCUCCUACCCAGGCAGCACCAUGCGAAUUAUGACAGACGAGGGCUCAAUAAGAUCCCCCGGCAUUCAAACCAUGAAUCUGCUAGGGGAAGAAUUGGAGACCUCCGAGAUCAACUUAGAGGUACAAUUACCUCGAUGCCCAGAAAUGAGAGUCAAAGGAAAAAGACAAUGGCUUCAUUUCAGUACCAAGGGCGGUAGUCCUGAGGUUAAUCAUUGGAUCCAGAUUGUUCUGUGUCUUUCGAGAAACGACCAUGAAUGUAUGGGCUCAAGCAAGUCUCGGCCCGUGGAGUUGACCAUCGAGACACCUUUCACCAUUCUAUCGUGCAAGGCCACACCGGCAAAUAUUUAUGUCCCACCAUAUGAGAGGGAAGGUGAUAUCGAAGUGACUGCGUCUCAAGAAGCCCAAUGUGGCUGUGACCAAAGUCCCCAGUCAAUAUCACUACCCACAAAGCACAAAGCAGAAGCAACUGAAACGGAAGCGAGUGACAAUUUGAAGUCUGUUAAAGGACAACUCCCGUGGAAUGUUACGCAGCCGCUUAGCUUCGAUAGUGUCUCCAGUGGCAUUAAGCAACCCGCUCGAGCCCAUUUACCUGAAUGGGGCCUUCCUUCUGAUGAACCUCACCAGCGACCUGAUCCGUAUAGGAGGCAAUGGUAUGGCGGAUAG